AUGCCUCGAGUUGCUCAAGUCCCCCGGACGGGGAGUUCCAGGAAUAACGCAGGCUCUAGUACGGCCUCACCAUUCAUAACGCAGUCACCUGUCAAAAUCCCCCUCAACGAUGAUGUGUCAGAAAAGGGGCAGCGCAUGAGCUCCAGGAGAGCUCUCCACGAAAGACAAUUUAACGAGAUUAAGAAAGCCGCAACUCCUCGCAAGGUUGGUCUUCGCCUUGACGACAUGGAGAACGGUGAUCCCCAAACUCCCCGCGGCGGCCGCGCCAGCAAUAUCGAAGAUGACGAGGGCUUCGUGGUCGGAGGCUCCGCGGUCACGCCUAUGAAGCGUGUACCGCUUCUCGCCAAUUUCGAAGAAUGGAUGAAGAUGGCCACCGACAACAAAAUCAAUGCGACAAAUUCAUGGAACUUCGCUCUCAUAGACUACUUUCACGAUAUGUCACUCCUCAAGGAAGGCGACGGUGUGAACUUCCAAAAGGCUAGCUGUACCUUGGACGGAUGUGUCAAGAUCUACACCAACCGUGUGGACAGCGUCGCAACGGAAACAGGGAAGCUAUUGAGUGGCCUUGCUGAUAGCAACAACGCCAAGAAGAAAGACAAAGAUGGCGAGGAUGCCGACGAAAGCGACGAAGAAGAACUCGACGAGGAUGGCAACGUAAAAAAGAAACCCAAGAAGAAGACACAACGAUCAUCUGAAGCAACACUUGCCCCCUCCUUCAAUUCACUGCAGCUCAAAAAAUUUGAGCUGGAAUUCGCAGUCGAUCCCUUGUUCAAAAAAGCAUCUGCCGAUUUUGAUGAGGGUGGCGCCAAGGGCCUUCUUCUAAACCAUCUUAUGAUCGAUUCACAAGGACGCAUCGUCUUUGACAGUAGCGACGAUACUGGUGAUGCCACCACCCUCGGGAAGACGAAGUCCGACGAUGAAGAGGGUGACGGAGAAGACGAGGCCGAGAACGACCCGGAGGAAGAGGAGCUGGAAGAUGAGGAAGAGGCCGAUGACGUCGAAAUUGAUGUUGGAGUCCUUGGUGCCAAGUUCAUCCCCGACUUGCACCGGCUCGAUGAGCUUGAUGUUUGUCCUUCUCUAAAGACGUUUGAUCUUGGCGAUCCUUCGGGAUCCAUGGAUAUUCCAUUCCUGAAGGCACCCGAAGAUUGGAGACAGGACCAGGACAAGGAUAAGACCCCAGGAGCGCUUGGCGACUUUUCCGGUCUCGUAAUCGAUGGUGACGAAGCAGCAGGCUUCGACGAUGACGACCUCGCCCUGGGAGCCUUCGAUGCUGCCGAUAAUGUCGCUUUCGGCGAGGGCGGCGAGGCUUGGGCUAGAGAAGCCGCCCUGGAGCCACAGAUGCGAGUGUACGACGCUGGCCUCGGUGAAGAGGGUGGUGACGGGGAUGAGAUCGACGGCAACGGUGAAUACGUUGUUUCGAUGACGAGCGCGCAGAAGGCGGACAAGAUGCACGAGGACAUCCUCGGAUUUUUCGACCAGGCAUUGCAGAAGAAUUGGGCGAGCGCGGAGCACUGGAGGAUCAGGAAAAUCAAGGAUGUGAAUAAGCCAGCAACGGAGACAAAGAAACGCAAAGAGAAAGAGCCCUUUGAGAUCGAUUUUGCCGCACCGCUAGAUUCACACACUUCGGAUAUUAUUCAUACACAAGCCACCAACAAUUCGGCCAUCAGCAUGCUCAAGAAGGAUUGGAAGUCCAAGUCACGCAAUCUUCUCCCCGACGACAAGCACUUUAACUCCAAGUCUCUGCUGAGCCUAUUCCUCAAGCCAAAGGCACGGAUGAGCAAACGGCGCACCGGCUUCAGCUCUCGCGGUGGGGGCGGCUUUGGUAAUAUUGGUGCAGAUAAUCAACCUGAUGGUGAAAUGGACGAAGCAUUCUGGGCCAACCAAAAGGCCCCGCAACAUACAGACGAGACAGUGUUGCCUGAAGGCGACUAUGAUGCCAACUUCUUCCAGGACGAUGUUAUGCCAUUCCCCGGCGGCGGUGACUUGGACGACGAUGAUGAUCUAGAAUUUGCGGACGCAAGAGAGCACUUCUCCCCAGGGCUUGACGGGCAGGCUGGACUCACUGAUGGCGGAGGGCUCACGGCUCUACUUAAUGGGGAGACAGUAACCAAUACUGGAGCAUUCGGAACAACACUGGUUACUCAAACGAGGCGUGUACGUCCCGAGUAUGUGCAAUAUGCUAGGGUAGCCAAGAAGGUGGAUGUGCGAAGGUUGAAGGAAGAGUUGUGGAAGGGUAUGGAUGUUGACAUUCUUCAAAACCAACCUAAGCCCCAAGCAGUGGAUGUCAGCGAACCUAAGCAAGAAGAGACGCUCAAGUUCACAGAGAUCAUGAACAAUCUGCAGACCGUAUAUCCCAAGCCGGUGAUGGAUGAUAUUUCAACCUCAUUCUGCUUUAUCUGUCUCUUGCACUUGGCCAAUGAGAAGGGUCUUGUGAUUGAAAACACACCUGGUCUGUCGGAACUUGAGAUCCGCAGGGAUUGGUCAGCGGAGAUUGUCGAGGGUGAAUAG